UCACAGUAUCAGUACGUGAUGAUACAGUAUCAAUCCGACAGUUUACCCGACUUCAUGGACGGAAUGAGCAGCGCUAUGACGUACACUCUGAUGUUCGUAAAACUCGCGAUUCUGUGGGCCAAUCAACGCUGCGGCGUUCUUGCCGUCAACACCGGUGAAGUGCAACGGAUGAACGUAUCCGCGCGGGAACAAAUCUUGAAAAUGAAGCUGCCGUUCAAGGUCAACACGUCUCCCGUGUACUUACUGAUCACGAUACUUCAGUUCCUGCACUUAGUCUUGUGCGGCUGCGGGAUCUCCAUGGUGAAUUCGCUCAUCGUCACUCUGAUACUUCACAUUGGCGGUCAGAUCGACGUUAUGCGCGACUGGCUAUCGACAGCCUUUUCCAAAAACGUGAUAGGCACCGUGAAUGGAAUCACGAUGAGGGCUUUGGUCACGAAGCACCAGCGGAUUAUCAUGUUCUCGCAAAACAUCGAGAAUCUCUACACAUACAUCGCGCUAAUACUAUUCGUGUCGGAUACCAUCAUCAUAUGCUGUUUAGGAUUCAUCAUUGUUACAUCGAUCGGCACACCAGAUGGCCCGGCGAUUUUGUUGAGAUCCGUGUUAUAUUAUAUGGUGAUGAAUCUCGAGGCAUUUAUAUUUUGCCUCGCCGGUGAAUACCUGAACGCUAAGAGCCAAAUGAUCGGUGAUGCGGCUUACGAUUCCCUUUGGUACGACUUCACUUCGAGCAAGAGUCGUAUUGUAUUGCUGCUGAUCCUGCGAUCGCAGAAACGUUUGACUAUCACAAUCGGGAAAAUCAUGGAUCUCUCUUUGGAGCGCUUCACCAGCGUCGUGAAGGCAUCGGCAUCGUAUAUUUCCGUGUUAUUGGCGAUGUACUAA